CAUCAACAAUCCUUUCUCUCUUUCUCAUUCAUCACCCAGCCCUCAUGGCUCUCAACAUGAGAAAAGAUUUACUCAUACUUGCUCUGUUAGGCCUUUUUGCCUUGUCCAUUAUUCCCAAAAAUGUGAUGUCCCAAAACUGUGGCUGUGCUGCAAACUUGUGCUGCAGUGAGCAUGGUUACUGCGGCACCGGCGAUGCCUACUGCGGCAAGGGGUGCAAGGAGGGUCCUUGUAGCUCAACGACAUCUCCCACACCAAGCAGUGGUGGUACUGUUGCCAGUAUUGUUACAGCUGAUUUCUUUGAUGGGAUAAAGAAUCAAGCUGAAGAUGCAAGCUGUGUUGGAAAGAGCUUCUAUACAAGAGACGGAUUUCUUAAUGCUGCCAAUUCGUUUCCCGAAUUUGGAUCAGGCUCUGCUGAUGAAUCCAAACGUGAGAUUGCUGCUUUUUUUGCUCAUGUUACUCAUGAAACUGGACAUUUAUGCUACACUGAAGAGAUCGACAAGUCAAACGACUAUUGCGACCCAUUAUACAACCAAUACCCCUGUGUCACCGGAAAGAAGUACUACGGCCGAGGACCUCUGCAGAUAACCUGGAACUACAACUAUGGAGCCUGUGGAAAAGACGUGGGGUUCGACGGACUCAAUGCCCCAGAAACAGUGUCCAACGACCCUGCUGUCUCCUUCAAGGCUGCCUUGUGGUUCUGGAUGACCAAUGUUCACUCAGUUGUGAACCAAGGCUUUGGGGCAACCAUUCAGAAAAUUAAUGGCGCCCUUGAAUGUGGCGGCAAGCAGCCUGAAAAAGUUAACGCUCGUAUUGGAUAUUACAAAGAUUAUUGCAGCAAAUUUGGUGUGGAUCCUGGCCAGAAUCUUUCAUGCUAGAUUCUUAAGAGCUUUUCGAGUGAACUAUUUCAAGCUUGGUGAUGAAAUAAUGUCAUAAAAAAGUUGUUUUAUUAAACAACUUGUUUGAGUAAUAAUCUGUGGGAAUUUUAUGUAACUCGAGUGAAAUAAUGAAAUAAAGUUGAAUAAUAAAGGGGAAGACCCAUAUG